AUGUCUAUUCAUACAUUGACCACAUCAAAAUAUUCCAAGACACAACGAGACGAGGAAGUUUUCACACGUGGAAAUUCAUAUCCUGAUAAAAAUGUAGAAUGGUACCAGCCCACCCUUACGACGCUGCCGGACACCGCAGCACGCAUCUUCCAGGACUAUUCAGGAAUUCCUGAGGGCCAAGUAGUCGACCACAUCCACCGAGUCCGAGAUAAGGCGUGGGAUAUUUUGCCAUACCCUUGCAUUGGUGUCUUUAGAUUUCUGGACUUCGGUGCCAAUCUAAACCCCAUUUACCCCGAGGUUCUACGCCGCGUUCGAGAGGGUCAGAUCCUCCUAGAUCUUGGCUGUUGUUUCGGACAGGACAUCAGAAAAUUCGUUGCGGAUGGAGCGCCAUCCGAGAACCUCAUAGGUGUCGAUACGGAGGGAAGGUUCGCCGAGUUGGGUUAUGAACUCUUCAAAGACCGAGACACGUUAAAAACAAGGUUUUAUACACAAAGUAUCUUUGAUAGCAGUUUCCUUGCUCAUUUGCACGGAACGGUCGACAUCAUUUACUUGGGCUCUUUUUUGCACCUAUUCAGUUUUGACAAGCAAAAAGUGGUGGUGGAGCAAUUGAUCAGACUGCUUCGAAAACGUCCAGGAUCUCUAGUGUUUGGACGCCAUCUCGGCGCCGAUCAGGGGGGCGAAUUCAACAUGAAAUCUUUAGGGUGGGAUUUGUAUCGCCACAGUGAGGAGACAAUCCGCCUACUUUGGGAUGAGGCGCCAGAUGGGCCAUGGGAUGUCUCUGCUCAGCUCACUCGGUACGAAUCAGAGGGGUGGGACAAUAAUCGACGUGGAUGGCAAGGGGAUGAGGUCAAACAAAUGAACUUUGUUGCGGCCAGAACAUAA